CUUCGAUUGACUCCAAAACUACCAUCUGAUUUUCAGUGUGUCAACAGGGGCAAAAAUUAGAACCUUCGUUUGGUGUUUUGGUGUUGACUGGCUCAACCGAAUAACUAUUUCAGAAACAAUGAAAACAUUCCAGUGAAUGCAGCUAUCGCAGGCCAGUGAUCGAAAGUCGCCCGUUUCGUUUUCCAUUGAAGACGCUAAUCACCUAUAAAACGGCCAUGGAUAAAAUGUCCAAGAUGACGGUGGUGUUGUUUGCUGUUCUGCUGACGACCGCAUCGCUAGCCCUCGGAAAGGAGACGACCUACAAAACGGACGAUGUGUCCGUGUCGGAGCUCUUCUCGUUGCGUAUCGAGCCGCGUAUGUUCAAUUGGACUUACGAGGGGCUGAGCGAGCAGUUUCUGUACCGUUCUUCGCUAGAAGGCUAUCCGGAUCUGCCGUCCUGGAUUCGAUACAUGUACAGCCCCGAGUACCAUUCCGGCUUUCUGUACGGUACACCACCGCUUCGGACGGCCGAUACGCGGGUGCCGAUCGAAAUCAUUGCCCUGAACCGGCUGACGUACGAGACGAAGCGGCUCAUACUGAUGCUUGCCAUCCACCGGAAGCAACCAGCCAAGCACGUAAUCCAGAUGAAGAUUGACAACCUGAACUGGGUGCACAUGAUGGAUCCGGGGCGCAUCGAGAACCUGAAGAACAUCUUCCGCAACGAUCUGUGGCCGGAGAGUCGGCCCGAUUUGCACGUCAUUUUUAUGGAUUCUGCCGUGAAGCUGGGUGCACGGUUACCGUUGCGUCCGCAGCAAAGGGAAGGGGUGGUAGUACACCUUGGCAGCAGUGCCGAGUUCUCGAAACGCAUGCUGGAACUGCAGGAAGAAGUGAAACCCCUGUACAAGAUAUCGUCCUGCACGUACAAACGAACCUCCGUGCAGACGACGUUCGAAAACUCGGGAUUCAAGCUAGACUGGUGUGCUUUCCGGAUGGUUGCCACGGAAGAUGAUAUAAAAGCGCUUCCGCAUCAUCCCAACGAAAGCCAUAAGCAUGGUGCAAGUCGGAAGGAACAUCAGCAUUUUCAACUGCCACACAGCUUCCCGGACAAGUGGGAUGCACCGCUCAAGUCCGAGGUGCCGGAGCGUAACUAUAGCGACGAGAUUGCCAUAUCAUUUGCCAUUCCGGGCAUGAUAUUUGCUCUGCUGCUGUGCGGUCUCACCAUUAUCCUUUGCUUCCAGCACGAAAAACUGCAUGACGACGAUUCAGAGUAUUAUUUCAAUUAUGUUUUCUACAUUUGCACUGAUUUUCUUAGGAUGCAAAAAUCUUCCCGUACCGAGUACAGUCCUGCCGCACCGAACGUACAGAUGGUGCACUACUCUCCGGAUGACAUCAAGUCCACGAUCAAGCUCAAGAGUCUGCGCGACGUACCGUUCGAUGAUACCCACUCGAUCAGUCCGACCGAUAGCUUCUAUCGCGAGGGCAGCCCCCACAUUGGCAACAUGUACAUGCGCCCCAAACCUCCCCCAUACAAGCUGGCGGGCAAUGCCAACUCGCCAACGUUGAAGCGCAAUGGGAACGUUGAGAUGUGACAAACGGCCGUGCCACGUGUUUUGUUCUGCUAAUUUUAUGUAAAGCAAAGGCAAUCUUCUCACUUUGCUGCUUUCAUAUUGCAACCCUCUUUUAGCGGUCAGGCGAAGUAUGGGAGUCACAUUGCAAUCCACGCACAUUUUGUUGGGUAUUUUAGUUGUUCAUGACCCUAUUUAUGAUUAUUAAUGUUUAAUCUCCUUUACAUUAUCGACUGUAGUUUUGAGAUCGAUUUGAAAAAUAACAAACGAACCAUACCGUACCAUAUCAGAAACUAGUACAGAAAACGAAUCUUUCGCGUUUAGAAUAGUAUUAAGCAAGUUACGAGAUAAUAACAAUGAUAAUCACGAUAAUAAUAUUGAUCGUAUGAUAAUAACAAAAUCACCCAACAAUAUACGUUACUGGAACUAGUUAGUCGAAA